GAGUACUACGGCAAAGAGCUGCAGAAGUUGGAGGACCUGAAAACCAACGCUUGUGUCACCUCAGCCAGGCCCCUUGCCAAGGCAGUGAGAGAUGCUCUGGAGCGUGUCCACGAGGAGGUGGUGGCCAGGUACUAUGGCUGCCGUCUGGUGAUCCCUGAGUGCCUGAUGUCCUGCCGGAUCCUGGACCUGGGCAGCGGCAGCGGCAGAGACUGCUACCUGCUGAGCCAGCUGGUUGGGGAGCGGGGCCACAUCACUGGGAUAGACAUGACCGAGGGCCAGGUCGAGGUGGCAAGGAAGCACAUUGCCUACCACAUGGAUAAGUUUGGCUAUCAAAAGCCGAAUGUGGAGUUCCUCCAGGGCUACAUGGAGAAGCUGGGUGAUGCGGGGCUGGCUGAUGAGAGCUACGAUAUUGUCAUCUCCAACUGCGUGAUCAACCUCGCCCCUGACAAGAAGGCUGUUCUGCAGGAGGCCUACCGUGUACUGAAGCCUGGGGGAGAGAUGUACUUCAGCGACAUCUAUGCCAACCAGCGCCUGAACGAGGCCGUCCGGAAGCACAGGGUGCUGUGGGACCUUUGCCUCCAUCACCCGUGUCUGUGCAUCGCCGAGGAGGUGGGGUUCAGCCCCCCAUGCCUGGUCACCACCAGCCCUAUCACCAUUGGCAGCAAGGAGCUGGAGGACAUUGUUGGGGAUUGCCGCUUCGUCUCUGCAACCUUCCGCCUGUUCAAGGUGCCAGGGAGCAGCCGGACCGGGCCAGGACAGGUCAUCUACAAUGGUGGGAUUGUGGGGCACGAGCGAGAGCUGGUGUUUGAUGCCAACUUCACCUUCAAGGAAGGAGAGGUGGUGGAUGUGGAUGCUGAGAUGGCUGCGAUCUUGCGGAGCUCCAGAUUUGCAGAGGAGUUCCUGAUCCGAGCCAGCGGAGCCAAUACUGCCUCACCACAGGGCUGCUGCAGCAAGGGGGUGAAGGAGAAGAUCUGCGAUCCCUUCCAGCUGCUGGAGCGGCUGCCAGCCCCGGGGCCUGCCGCCCCGGGUCCUGCCUGCCAUCCUGGUGGCACCUGUGGUCCCCCGGGGUGCUGCUGA